AUGAAUGUGCCGAAGACCUACAUCUUACAGGCCACCAUAAGGGUCGACCAGUGGCCAAACCCGGUGGUCUAUAGGUCGGCACCGACCAACGCAAGCCACCCGGCGCACGCGCGGACGAACAAGCUACUGCCAACCUCGUGGACCACCACACUCUUCACACACGACCAACUCGACGCCUACUUUGAAAACCACCACAACCAAAGGCUCCGAAAGUGCUACGCCUCGCUCAGGCCGUGGGCGUACCGCGCCGACCUCUUCCGCCUCGCCAUACUGCACGACCGCGGAGGAAUCUGGAUGGACUUCACGACCGAGCUGCUCCGACCGCUAGACGUGCUGCUGCCCUCCGGCGCGAGCCUCGGCCUCGUGCGCGAGCGGCCUGGCUUUGGGAUGGACUACGGCGUCUUCAACGCCUUCCUGGCGGUACGAGAGCCGCGCCACCCAUUCUUCGCCGCCGCGCUGGAAAGAAGCGUCACCGUCUGCCUCGCGCGGGACUACGGCUCGACACCGUGGUCUAUCACGGGGCCCGAGCUGCUUGGGCGCGUGGCGCGUGACGCGCCGCGGCUUGUGCGCGAUGUGACCUGGCUACGGCACGCUCCCGAGGGCGGCGCCAUUGAGACGACCGGCGAGCGCGGCCACAAGCGCGUCGCCAUCACCAAGCACUCUGACAUUCGGCGCUUCAUCCCGCUCUCGAAUGCGUACAUUGGCAUGUGGAAGUCGCGCACCGUCUUCCGGCACUCCAAGUCCAAGGGGGGGCUCGGGAUACGGAGUUGA